CUGCUGCUGCUGCUGCUGUUCCACGGCUGGAACUCCUUCACAGCUGAGCACAGCUGAGGAACAUGUCGGACAGAUCACAGCAUCACAAAGACCAGGAUCUGAGCAGAUAGGACUGAAAAACAGCUCAGCAGUGAGACCACAGAGAGAUCUGAGGAUGUGGACGUUGAUGGCGGGCGUCUGUCUGUGCCACUGUGUGUGGGGACAACUGUUUGAGACCAAGCCGAAAGGAGCGCCGCGCCUGAUCUGCAGCGUCCCCGGGUCGCCGGGUCUGCCCGGUAAACCCGGUCCCAGCGGACCCCCGGGAGCAGAUGGGAAUGUGGGUAUCCCGGGAAGAGAUGGCAGAGAUGGCAGGAAGGGUGAAAAGGGAGAGAAGGGAGACACAGGGUUGAAGGGCAGAGUCGGUCCCACAGGAAAGAUCGGAGAGCGAGGCGACCGUGGGCCCGCGGGGAAACGAGGCCCCACAGGAGAGGACGGAGACAUGGGCCCUCCCGGUCCUUUGGGGCGUGAAGGACAGAAAGGGGACAAGGGUCAGCGAGGGCCACGUGGCAGCGGGGGAGUGUGCAGAUGUGGCAGCCUUCUGCCCAAAUCCGCCUUCUCUGUGGGAAUCACCAGCAGCUACCCGGCAGAAAACACCCCCAUCAGGUUCAACAAGAUCCUCUUUGACGACGGUGGACACUACAAUCCACAGACGGGCAAGUUUAUCUGCGCGUACCCGGGUGUUUACUACUUCUCAUAUGACAUUACACUGGCCAACAAACACCUGGCCAUCGCUCUGGUGCAGAACGGCCAGUAUCGCGUCAAAACCUUCGACGGCAACACGGGAAAUCACGACGUGGCGUCAGGCUCCACUGUGAUGUACCUGAACCCAGAAGACGAGGUGUGGCUGGAAAUCUUCUACAACGACCAGAACGGUUUAUUUGCAGACCCCGGCUGGGCCGACAGCUUGUUCUCCGGCUUCCUCCUCUACGCUGACACGAACUACUUUGACAUACUGGCGGAGGAUUAUGUGUAGAACCAGGAACUGCUUAUUUUAUUGUUGGUCCCAGACCCUUAUCAGACAAAUCACCUUUCACUGCUGAUUGUUACUGCACUUCAGCCACAUCCCAUUUAUGUUUUUAAAAUCUGAAAACAACAUAUUUAAAUGGAAAUGUGGGAGAUAAAACAACCUGAACUAUUCCUUUAAACAAUCAUACUUGAGUUUGGUUUGGAGGGUUUUGUUUUAGUAUUGUUGUUUUUGUUGUUUUUCACAACAACACAACAACACAACAAUACUAAAACAUGUGACACAAAGAUAAACGUAGAUGUGUUUGGUGAAACCUCAAAUGUUUGUAAUGUGUUAAUGAAGCUUGAAGUUGUGUGUCUGUGUGUGUUAGUGUGUGUGUGUGUGUGUGAUUUCUGGUAUUUUUUUAAAAGAUUGGAGACAAAAUUUUUAUUCAAAGUUUAAUCACAGAUGUACACUGCCUGUAAAGUCGCCACCUAAAAAAAAGGGUCACAUGGUUGGAGCGCCUUUAGCUUUG